CCACGAAUAUCAUGAAACCAUGGAGUUGUACUUAAUGCUAGUGUAUGAUGAGAAAUUAGUGUUGACAUUGAUGUUAUAGUGAUGUUGUAACAUAGUCUUCUGCUUUAAGUAAUUCGUGUAUAACAAUGGACUGCAAGUCGUUGUCUUCUUGGCGAAUAUCGUCGGCUUGGGUGUUUCUUUUAAUUCUUGAUUUGACAUUUGAUGGUAGUGACAGCACAUCAGAAAGUGAAAUAAAUAAACAUUUGGAGAUGGGGAGAGAUUUGUUAAGCCGAGGGCAGUUACAGGAUGCAUUAUCUCAUUAUCACGCAGCUGUGGAGGGUGAUCCUAAUAACUAUCUGACUUACUUCAAACGAGGAACUGUCUAUCUGGCAUUAGGUAAAUCCAAGUUCGCUCUUAUGGAUCUAGACAGAGUUUUGCAGUUGAAACCUGACUUCAACUCAGCAAGAUUACAGAGAGGAAAUGUUCACCUGAAGCAGGCGCAACUAAGUGAGGCAAAGGCGGAUUUCAAGAAAGUGCUGGAAGAGGACUCAUAUAAUGAAGAUGCUCUAAUUGGACUUAGCAAGGUUGAACCAACAAGAGUUGACAUUUCUCAAGCCAGAGCUUUGGUCCAUGCGAGAGAUUACAGAAACGCUGUUGAGCUAAUCACAAAGAUUUUAGAGGUAUGUCCCUGGUCAUCUGAUCUUCGUGAGUUACGUGCAGACUGCCAUGUGGCUCUGGGAGACACAAUGUCUGCCAUAUCUGAUAUAAGGUCUACAACAAAACUAAGGUCUGACAACACUGCAGGUUUUUUCAAACUUGCUGUUCUCUACUAUCAGCGUGGAGAACCCAGUGAAUCACUGAAGGAAGUUCGUGAAUGUCUGAGGCUGGAUCCGGAGCACAAGGAUUGUUUCCCUCAUUAUAAGAUUGUAAAGAAAGUGGAUAAGCUUAUCAAUGAUGCUCAGGAGGACAUAAACCAUAAAGACUAUCAAGAUUGUAUUGAUAGUGCUAACAAGGUGCUGAAAUUGGAAACAUCAGUAAAGAUGAUAAUCUUCUUGGCAAAGGAGAAAUUGUGUCACUGUUACCUACAUACUGAUCAGUUGUCACUAAGUCUUCAGAGCUGUCGAGAUGCUCUUGAGAUCAAUAAGGACCCUAGAGUAUAUUGUGACAGAGCUGAGGCAUACAUAAAUAGUGAAAUGUAUGAUGAUGCUAUACAUGACUAUCAGGAGGCAUUAGAAUUGGAUGAAAACUAUAAUCGAGCAAAAGAAGGCAAGCAGCGGGCCCAAAAGCUACAAAAGCAGGCAGAGCGGCGGGACUACUACAAAAUACUAGGUGUCAGCAGAACAGCCAACAAAAAGGAUAUAAUUAAAGCUUAUAGGAAAGCUGCCCAAAAAUGGCAUCCUGAUAAUUUUCAAGGUGACGAAAAGAAAAUAGCAGAGAAGAAAUUUAUAGAUAUAGCAGCAGCCAAAGAAGUAUUAACAGAUCAAGAGAAACGUGACAAAUAUGAUAAUGGUGAAGAUCCACUGGACCCUGAAGCACAAGGAAACCAAGGCUUCAACCCAUUUCAUCCUCACUUCCAUGGUAGUCCCUUUCAGUUCAAGUUCCAUUUCAACUGAGAGUGAGAGAUAACUCACAACUUGCUAUCCUACACAGAUCUAUAAGCACUGAAUUGUAAGACAUUAACAGUAACAUGAAUUGAACAAUAUUCAGUAAGCUACCAGUCAUUAGUUGUUACGUUGCUGUGUCUGUUAUUCAUGGCCCCAAUAUUAUGACCUGGGGGGAACUUUGUGGGAUUUUGUUAUGUUGGUAGGGUCCUGUGAAGUCAGAUUGUGGUAAAGGAAUUCAAUAGUGUGUUGUAUUUGUCUGAUUUUUUUUGUCAAAUCGGUGAGAAAAGUCUGCAACAUAAGCGCUAAACUAAGACUGCAUUUUUUUAAAUUUUAAGUAAAACAGGAUCUCUUGUUAAGAUCUUUUUUACAAUGGCAGUGAAAGAAAACGUGUUUAUGGAAAGCACAAUGUGCAGUGUCAGAUAUUGCUACCAGAGAAUCCUGCAAGAGAUGUUAACGUCUGCAAGUUCUGCACAGAGUUAAUUUUGAUAGGUUAUCUUCUGUGUAGCACAGUUGGUAAGAAUUUUUGUUUACACAUAAGUCCCAUCACCUAGCCCGUUAUGGAAUAAUAUGUAAAUUACUGUUAUGCCUAAUUUCUCAUUUGAUCUUUAUGUGAAGCAUCCUGAACUGUUGUACUCAGUGUUGACAAAAGAGCCAUUUUUUAAACCAUAGUCUUCCUUAGAAGAUUCUGCCAGUUUGCCUCCAGUUUUUACUCUUUGGAUUUUGCGACGGUAAUUUUUUUACAGAGCAAGGUUGUCAGCCUUGUGUCCAACCCCCAACCUGGAGGACCAGGUACAUGUAUUUAUGUCCUCCCGUGACAGCGUGGCCCAGUUAUAUCCCCGGACACUGGGUUCCCUUUUUGUCACCUUCUGUGACACGGUGCUACAGUGGAAGUAUUUUAGCCCACCUCUACAUGAGGAGAACUGUUGUAAUAUAAGGGAUAAAUUACAGUUCCUCAUUUUCUUUAUUUCAUUUAUAUUGUAUUUACAUAAUCUUGUGCUUUGACCUUCAGCCUUUCUACUGAGUGAUCAGGCAGUAGCAGAACACGUUUAUUUUUGGAUGUGUAAUCAGUGCUCAGUUGUACUGGGGUUAGAAUAUAUAUAAAGGAUUAACAUCUCACAGUGUGUGGAGUCACUGUUGUGAUAUUUUGUACUCUGAUGGCUUUAGUGUUUCAAUUGUGUUUUGUCUGCUUGCUGUUGCACCAUGGCUGGCCAUCACUUCAUUUUUCACUAUCUAUCUAUAUAUAUAUAUAUAUAUAUAUAUAUAUAUAUAUGCUCCCAGCAUUUGUAAAAAUGUGCCAGAUAUUUAGUGAUGCAAAUGAAGCCAAAUGGAAGUUCAGUGACUCGAAUUUGAAUCAUAUAAUUGAAAGUAAACAGCCUGUGUAACCCCUGUUAUAGCGGCCUCCGUAGUCUAGAGGUAACGUUCCCACCUCAUGACUUGUAGUACGCGGGUUCAAAUAGCUGGCGG